UGUGCGUUACUUGGGCUGUCAUCAAAAUAUUGAUGAGUUGCCAGCUUAUUUUGAGCGAAAUCGGCAUAGUUAAAGUAUCACAUCCAAAGCCAAUGUCUUUCAAAUGCCGACCUUCAAUAACCAGUCAGAUUCAGGGAAUGCUAUGAAAGCAAUAAAUUGGUCAGGUCAUCAUAUAUUCAUAAGCAACAUCUGUCUCUUUUUGAACAAUGGGAAAACGAAAACCUUUGAAUAAUCAUCCACCGUCCACAUUUUCUCCUGUUCAUCAUCACAUGAAUUUACUGUGUCAACAAAUGUUUCUAUACGCGAAAUGUCAAUCAAGAACAGAUGAUUCAUUUACAAAACAAUUAUGUUUGUUAACUUCGAAAAAUUUAAUGACACUUAGUCAAAAAUCUCAGACACGUUUAUCAUUGGCUAUUCGUCGGUCAUUAUGCACAAAGUGUUCGAUUCCUCUUCAUAUGUCAGGCAAAGUACGAAUGAGAAAAAGAAGUAUUUAUGUACAUUGUUCUCUGUGUAAUCAUAAACAGACUAUUGAUUGUCCAUAUAACCAAUGGUGUUCAAAGUAUGUUGAAUCCGUGCUGCCGGAUUCAUCUUGUGAUAAAUUACUGGAAGAAUAUAACAAUGAGUGAAAA